UUGCCAACAGAAGAAGAUACAUGUCCAAACUUUAUUUUGGCAGCGAAAGCAUUCGCGGGGAAGAAUGGAAGCGGAGGAGUAUUUCUCCAAAGACUUCGAGUGGGAAGACCUGAAGAGUGAGAUUGAAAACGACCCGUCCUUCCAGUACCACCUUCUUCCCUUCGAUCCGUCUUCUUCGUCGGCGAUUCGCCCGCCGGAAGAAGAAUCAAACGCCUGGAGGAAGUUCCAUAGCCGUCACUACACCGGCAAGUUCUUCAAGGAGAGGAGGUACUUGCUGAAGGAGUUUCCCGAACUUGUUUCCUGCGGAAAAGGUUCCCGGGUUUUGGAGGUAGGUUGUGGUAAUGGAAGCACUGCUCUCCCGAUAUUGCGUGGCAAUGAGAAUGUUACUCUAUAUGCAUGCGAUUGUAGCUCUGAGGCACUUGAAUAUGCGAGGGAGAUGGUUGAUGCCUCAAAUGUGGCCUCAUUCCAACACCGAUUCCAUCCUUUUGUUUUCGACUUUUCUCUAAGCAGUUUCCCUGACUGGUUAUUUUGCAGUCCUUGUCGAAAGACAUCUCUAGGCCAGUCCUUCCCUUCAGAUAUUAAAGAGGCUGGUAGAACACUAACAGGGGUUCCUUCCAAAGAAACUAGCUGUUGCCUUGGUGGAUUGGACUUUGUUACUCUGAUAUUUACUUUAUCCGCUAUACCAUUGCAUAUGAUGCCAUCAGCCCUUAUGAAGUGCUUCUCUGUUCUAAAACCUGGUGGAUUCCUUCUAUUUAGGGACUAUGGGCUAUUUGAUAUGACUAUGCUUCGAUUCGAACUGGACAAGAGAGUGGGAUUUUGUGAGUAUAUGCGCUCAGAUGGGACCCGUUCGUACUUUUUCAGUUUGGAGACAGUCAGGGAUCUUUUUGUCCGGGCAGGCUUCAUCGAGGUUGAGCUCGAUUACUGCUGUAUCAAGUCACUGAACCGCAAGAAGGGGAAGAGCAUGCGUCGAGUUUGGGUCCAUGGGAAGUUUCAGAAACCGCCCUUGUGACCUUAGCUUCAAGGAGGGGUACUCUGUUGUCUCUGGUCUUGCUCAUGCAAUUUUCUGGGAAGAAGGGUGGCUGAAGUUGAAGUGCACAGAGUUUCAUGCCGGACAGGCUGAAUGACUUUCAACAGUUUUGUUUGAAAGAGUAAGUGCUCCUCGAUUAUUGAGGAUCCGGAUCCCGGGGCCGAGGCUUUUUUCGAAUUUGUAUCGAAGUAGAAACGAUCACCGAAAGAAGCUCUCAUGAUUCAUGUAAACCUCACAACAGUCGAAAGGAUCUCCCUGGUUUGUUUGUUAUAGUAAAUGGUGUUUUCUGAA